GGUAAAAUAUAAAAGAUAGCACUCCUCAUUGAUCAUCACAUAAUCUACACUGAAGUUCUGAAAGUGAAGAUUUGACAGGAAGAUUCAUCAUGGCAGUCAUGAGAGCUCUUGUGCUUCUUUUCUUGGUCUUUUCUGUUCAGAAUGCAGCAGCUAAAAAGAAAUGCCCACGUGGAUGGAAACCUUUUGGUGUGCAAUGCUACAAAUUCUACUCUCAUGCAGUUAACUGGGUCACAGCUGAGAAAAACUGUCAAUCCGUUGGUGCAAAUCUUGCAUCUGUGCACAAUACAGCAGAAAACAACUUUCUCCUGAGUAUGCUUGUGUCUGUUGGCACACGUGUUUGGAUUGGUGGUCAUGAUGGUGAAAUUGAAGGACAAUGGCUGUGGUCUGAUGGAUCUCAAUUUGACUUAACCAACUGGUGCCCUGGAGAACCUAACAAUAAUAAAAAUAAGAAUCCUGAGAACUGCGUGGAGAUUAACUUUAGCAAUAACCGUUGCUGGAAUGAUGCGCCCUGUUCAAUCACAAUGAACUACAUUUGUGCCAAACCUAAGAGAUCCUGAAAAAUAUAUCAAAAGUACUAUGAUUGUACUACAUGCCUAUACAUUUUUUCUUAUUCUUAAAACUCAGUAUCUUACUGAACCUUUCUGAAAACUUCUCCAAUCAAUAAAAGCAUUUAUUAAGCAAAUUGUGUGCAUUGUUGAGUCAAAAAAUAUAUCAUCAAAUUAAAUACAAUAUAAAACAAAACAAAGCAACAAUACAUCUAAAAUAACAAAAAGGGCUUUUACAAUUGAAAUAGUUAACCACAGGUUAUUCUAAACCCCAGGUUAACAGAAUCCUGGGUUAUCUGUUUCACGUUUCACACUGUUCAUACUUAACCAGGUGGGUUAAAAGGUAACCCUGGGUAUUCAUAAUCUGAUGUUUUACACUGUGCAUUCCUAAACCUUAAAUUAACAUUUUCAUUU